AUGGAGGAACAGUUAUGCAGCUCAAUGGACCUGGCUGCCGAAAACUUUUUCAAGACCACUUCUUUUUAUAAGUUUGCAAUGGAAACCGGUUCUGAACCGGCUCCGUUUGAUCUGUUUAGACAUGUUGAGAAAAGUGAAAAUUUGAACUUCGCUUCUCAUCAGAUUGUGGAGGUUGACCUGACAGUUUUGUCCGAUAAGCCGACUAAAAAUAUCUCCAAAGGCGUUUACUUUUGGCCUUGUGAAAUAAUGUGUGCCACUGGAGUUGCAAUUAAACUCAGGUGGUGUUGCCCAUCAGAAAAAAAUGCUUCAGAAUCGACAAUAAAUGUGGAGGAAGAUCACCAAAAUCAUUCCUUCUGGAUGCUGUUCAGCGAUUUAUUCUGGGAAUCAGUACAUCCAAUCGGAUGGGCCGAUUCACAUGGAGGCUCAUGGAUUUAUCCUUCGCAAAUAUCGGUUAUUGAGGCGCCUCGUCCUCUACCAAACAAAAAACCAAGACUUUGCUAUUCCACCGUCAGUCCUGGAUUCAUGCAGAAAACUACGUCACUUUCUAUUCCAAAAAUUAUUUUUGAUAAAAGAGCGGUAUUUUUGCGCGAUAUUGUGAAUGUUGGCGACUAUCUUGAGUGCAAGUCGCUCUCUGAUCCCUCUUCAGUGUGGCCUGUCCGGAUUCUAAAAAAAUACGGUGGACGCCUUGUUGUCUCAUGGCUGGGGAUCGAUGUAGAAUUUGUAGCCUCCCGCAAGGCUUAUGUCUGCCGUAACGUCAUAAAUGACAAAUGUGUGGAUAAUCCAGUGUUUUCUAUUUUCAUGUGGGAUCCUCGGAUUCGUCUUCUGGGUUGGAGCUUGUCACACUCUUUGGUGUACAAGCCGCCUCAUGGACUCGCAAUUCCCUCAAUAGAAAUCACUUCAGAUUCCAUAAAUUCUCUCUCGCCCAUUAACGGCGUAGCUCCCUGGAAGGGUCUCUUUUUGUUCGCUCCUGAACCUCCAAAGCACACUUUCGUUGUGGGCUCUAAACUCGAGGCGUUCGAUAACCUAAGACCUGAAGGUGCACGACCAGCCACCGUCACAAAGAUUCUUUCCGACCGGUACUUUGUUGUACGUUUUGAUGCUCUUCCUGCAGACAAUUCAACAACGCUUACGGAACCGCGAGAGUUCAUAGGGCAUGUGGGCAUGCCUCAAAUAAUGCCUCCAAAAAUGUGUGAAUAUUAUGGACUUCGGCUGCUUCCUCCUGAGAACUGGCCUUCUAAUGAACCCUUUUGCUGGCAUGUUUACGCCCUCAUGUUGUUAAAGCUGUCUACUACUUCUUCAAGUCUACCUCCUUAUUUAAAAUUAACGAACGAUUCCUAUCAAUCGCUCAUAAGGCAUCUGUCUGUUUCAAUUGAUCAGUUCUUUACUACAGCUUCUCCGAGAUCGAAGAAUCCUCAAGAAUUUCAGCUUGAUACUUAUUCACCUUUGCAAAACGUAGGCGCUUUUGGCACAGCUCGUUCCCGACGCUUGAAGGCUAAUUCAACUGAUAAUUCGGGUCUAUGGGUAUCGAGGGACUUUUGUCCUGGCAUGAAACUUGAAUUAGCUCUUCCUUCCUUUAUGUGGAAAAGCAUCCACUUGACACAGAGUGGCGAUCUUGAAUUCCACGAAAGUCCCAUUUGUACAGCCACUGUGAUACGCUGUCAGGCAGGUCUGCUUUGGCUCCUACCUGAUCUCCCUGAGAACUGGAGUCCUCAUGUCUCUCCAGAGCAUCCCAAAAACAAGCCUGUUGUGAUAGAAUCAUCCUCCACAUCUCUCUACCCUCUAGGCUGGAGCCGGGCCAAUGGUCAUCCCUUUGUUCCCCCUGCUUCCUAUCUACACCCUACUCCCUCGCAUUUAAAUGACCCUCUGAUUUGGCGAAAUUCCACUGGACCGAAGCGGUCGUUCCUACAGAUCGCGGGAAUUGCCGAGAUUAAGACUUUGUACGCUAGAGCUGAGGUCUGUCCUCACAUAUACCUAAACGCCUCGUGCUAUACCGGGCCACACAUCCUUAAGUCGAAAUUAGAAUCGUUGCCGCGGAUGUUUGGUCCAGGACCUGUAGAACGCACCCUGGUUGCGAUGCUCUUUCGUCUGGCCGGUGUUAUUGACAAGCCGGUUCGAGUGCUGCGUGGUCUGGAGGCUAAUUGGGUGGCCAAGCUCUCCAAUAAUGUGUGUAGCAUCAACUGGAAACGACGCAGGGAAGCCAUGAGGUCGGAGGGCCUGAGGCGCUGGCAUUCAGACAUGGGACUCACCGCCGUCCGCGUUCGGUGUCCUCGCAAGGGCACCUAUCUCCCUUUGCCAUUCGAAGUUUGCACUCGGGCACGUGCUGUCGACGAGUUCUGUCGACAGAUAUGUAUUGGACUUGGGGCCUGUCCCUUUCUGCUGAGUACGCGUCGACUAGAUGCUGCAGAGGGCUGUCCCCUCAAAUGUAAUGAUCUUAUCAGGCCUCAUCGUGUGUCUCGCGAAAAUUCUACCCCAAUGGUCCUCAUAACCGAUGAUACGAUUGUCUCUACGGCCUGCCUUCUCAACACAGAAAUGCGUAUUUCGAGGGGCAACAGCCGUCGUCCGCUGGUCGUUUCCUCGAGACUUCUCACGUCACGGUCGCUAUUGCCCUCACUACUGUAUAACUGGAAUCCAAUUACCUCAGAUCAGGACGGUGAUACCUCAGGGGGAAGGGGUACAAGAGCGUUGAAACGACCCAGAGGUCGAAGGGUGCCCCCACGAACCGCAAAUCGUACAAUUAAUCCGAGGAUGAACCGAAAUAAUCAAUUUUAUUUGCUUCUAAAUGGGAAUACUCCCCUUUUACAGAGUGUGGAGGUACCAACGUUAACUAGCGAUCCCAUUAAAUGGAGCCCCUUGGAUUUGGCGGCUUACUUAAAGACAACCGAGUGCAAAGACCUCUCGUCUUGGCUGGCAUCGCAGGCUGUGGACGGUCAAUCCUUCAUGCUCCUCCCUCCCGCCCACGAGCUACACUCCAAAAUGGGUCUUCCAUGGGAGUUGGCAGUUAAAAUAGCCCAACAUGCUGACCGUCUUCGGCUGGCCUAUAUGAAGCAUGUUGGUCAGAAGCCUCUCCUCAAUUGGAAGGCUUGCUGUCAGUCGGGGAGUAUCAAGAGGCUGACAGACUCAGCCAUUCGGUCCAUCGUUCUUGAUAUUCGUGGAAAUAAUGUCAGCACCACGUACAUUGAGUGCCCUGCCUGUGAGAAUGAGACUCUGGGCAUUCGAAUGCCCGUCUUUGUGGUCCUAUUCAAGAAUAUGAACCGCUUCUUCUCCUUCCAAAUAGAAACUCUCGACUACAGUGGCUUUCCGCGACGAUUUCGAGCCAGCAACUCGACAAAGAACACGCUCAUUCGUCAGUUCUGCACCAACAUGCCGCUGUUUCUGCAUCCGGGUUGGAACACCGUGGUGUUUGAUCUGAAUCGUCUGAUGGAGUACUGUUAUAAGCAACGUCUGCGCGAAGUCACACGUGUUAGAAUCAACGCAAACUGUCGCCUACGACGAGUCUACUUUUGUGAUCGUGCCUACGGGGAGGAGGAGACGCCGAAAGACUACAAACUGCAGGUUUUGCAUGGGUAG